UUCUUGUUGGCAACAAGAAACCGAGAAAUGCCCCUGGAUACCCAAUUCGUCAUCUAUAUAAACCUAUAGUAUCUGCAAAUGAUUUACACCAGCUUCAGUUCAAAAAGCUUGGAAUGGGAAUAAUGAAAGCUCACGUUGUAGCAGUGCCAUUCCCAGCACUGGCUCACAUGAUUCCAUUGCUGGAAUUUGCAAAAGAGCUUGCUGCCCAUUCCAUCACUGUGAGCUUCGUCACCACCCCUGCCAAUGAACACCGUCUGCAUCAACAAAUUACCCAUGUCAUUUCCUCUGGUCUGGACAUUCGCCUGCUGGUGCUUCCAACACCCCAAAUACAGGGCCUCCCGGAGGGCCUGGAGAGCUUCGAACAAAUCCCCAGAGAAUUAUGCCCCAAAUUUUUUCAACUCGCCCAGAAGCUCGAACAGCCCUUUGAUUCAUGGAUUGAAGCUCAGAAGGCCCAGGAUAAAAGGCCUCUCUGCAUAAUCUAUGACGCGCUUUUGGGGUGGAGUAUGGAGGCAGCCCACAAGCACAGAAUCCCCGCCAUAGCUUUCAGUAAAUAUGGAACAUUUGGGCUCAGUGUCAUGCAUUCGGCAUGGCUUUCAGAUGCUCAGAACAGGGUGGAAAAACAGGGGAAUGAUCUUGUCCUGAGCCUGGAUCUCCCUGCACCCCUAAAAUUUCAGGGCCAUGAGAUAGAUGAGGGGCUCUGGGUGCCCUUCAUGAUGGAAGUCCUAGGGCGCUUAGAAUCUGCCAAAAAGGGCUGUGGGAUUCUUGUAAAUACCUUUGAGGAGCUCGAGGGAGAUUUCGUGCAGCACAUGAGAAAUCUCACAGGGAAGCCCGUGUGGUGCAUUGGGCCACUUCUCCCGCCCAAUUUUUGCUCCCGAGGAAAAAUGGCGGACACUGGGGUGAAGGACUUGGUUCAAUGGCUUGAUUCUCAUAAGCCUCGCUCUGUUCUGUAUGUUUCAUUUGGAAGCCAGACCUUCUUAUCUGAAGAACAGAGCAAGGCCUUGGCCAGCGGUCUGGAAGCCAGCGAGCAGGCCUUCAUUUGGGCAUUCAAGGUGCCCCCGGGGGUCAAACCCGCGACGUGUCCUGAUCUGGCUGCGACCUAUCUGCCGCAGGGGUUCAUGGAGCGAACGAAAUGUAGAGGGCUUGUCAUAUGGGGAUGGGUGCCUCAGCUUGUUAUUCUUUCCCACUCGUCUGUGGGUGCUUUGAUGAGUCACUGCGGAUGGAAUUCCAUGCUUGAAAGUGUGUCUCUUGGAAUCCCCAUGGUCACCUGGCCCAUGUACGCAGAUCAGCAUUUCAAUUCCAGGCUUGCGGUGGGUUUGGGAAUGGGAAUUCAAGUUUGCCAACACAGUGCUGGAAUUCCAGAUGAGCAGAGAGUGAAGGAGGGCGUGAGGCUUGUGUUGUGUAAAGAUGAGGGGAAAGAGAUGAUGAAAUCUGCUCAAAGGUUGAAAGAGAUGGCGGCGGGGGCUGUUGCAGUUGGAGGAUCUUCAGACGCAAAUUUUCAGGACUUUUUGAGAGAGAUUCAUAUGUUGGAUAUGACCAGAAAGACUGUUUCUUUUUAAACCAUCCUGCGUUUGAAAUCCAUAUGAACAGCCUUUCCAAUAAUGUCUAGAGCUUCAGGAAGUCAGGAAGUCACUUCUUACUAUCAACUUAACAAAUUUAAAUUCUGUCAAGGAAUAAG